AUGGCGAAAAUGCACUCGGUUUCUUUCUCAAUGAUCGUUCUCGUGGCCGUCUUCGGCGGCCAAGCUAAGGGAGGCGGCCCAUGCGACAAAGCCGAUCACGUGCAGCUCUGCCAAACCGCCGUGAAAGGCGCCACCGAGCCGGAAGCCGCCUUAAAGGCAGCCAUAGAACACCUGAUCGUGGAAACAGAGCGCGCCAGAGAAGAGGCCGCGAAGCUUGGCAAAAUGGAGCCUCUAGACGUGUGCAAAACGAACUUCAACGACGCCAUUCGCGGCCUGAAGGAAAGCCUCAAUCAUUUGAAGACCAAAGACAAGCAUAGCCUCAAAACUAAGCUCUCCGCCGCCCUCACUUUCUACGUUACCUGCGACGAUACGCUCGCCGAAGGCCGCGUCGUGCAGCUUGCUUCAGACGUUUUGACCACCGAUGCCAUGCUCCGUCAGUUGGCCGGCGUUUGUUUGUACUUGGCCACUUUGACAUGA